AUGUCCGACGCACUCUCCCCCGAGCAGGUUGAGGAGUACAAGGCCGCCUUCGCCGUAUUCCCUUCCGCUAACACCUCUCUCCCUCGCCCUCCGCAGGAUAAAAAUGGAGACGGCGACAUCACGGCCAAGGAGCUUGGCGAGGUGAUGCGCUCGCUGGGCCAGAAUCCCACCGACGAGGAGCUGAACGACAUGAUCAACGAGCUGGACGUCGACCACACCGGCUCCAUCGACUUCAAUGAAUUCCUCAUCAUGAUGUCCAAGAAGCCCAAAUACGUCGACCCGGAGCAGGAGAUCCGCGAGAUCUUCAACGUCUUCGACCGCGACGGCUCCGGCACCAUCAACUCGUCCGAGCUGCGCCACGUCAUGAAGGCCAUCGGCGAGAACCUGACCGACGACGAGAUCGACGACUUGAUCCGUGAGGCCGAUGUUGAUGGGAAUGGGACCAUUGAUUAUGAGGAGUUUGCGAGGUUUUUCAAGAAGGAUUAG